AUGUCACCGGCCUUCCCGACAUCCCACGUAAUCGAACGGCUCGUCAGGCAGACACUGAAAACUACUGCCAGGGUUGCUGUCUUCCAGGUACUUGUGUCCGAGGUUGUGGACUACUCCACUUUCAAAGAUACUGAGGAUUGCAACAAAACUCUGUUAAUUCUAGGACCACAAGGACCACAAGGGCCACCCGGCAAGCCUGGCCGUCCCGGUAAGGACGGCGCCCCGGGAGCACCAGGAAACCCAGGAAGACCUCCACAGGAACCUUGUGAGCCUAUCACUCCACCUCCUUGUCCUGCUUGUCCGCCGGGUCCGGCCGGAAAACCUGGGCCACAAGGACCGCAGGGCAACCCCGGUUCCCAAGGACCAGUGGGCGAGAAGGGACCCGACGGAUCGAGAGGACCACCUGGAACAAAAGGAAUGCAGGGACCACCUGGACCUCCUGGCAGUCCCGGUCCUAUGGGCGAGCAAGGAGAGGCUGGGAAGAGCGACGAGCCAAAGCCUGGUGCAAACGGCGAACAAGGACCACCUGGUCCACCUGGACCACAGGGAGAAAUGGGUCCACCUGGAAAGGAUGGCGAACCUGGUAUGGACGGCGAGAAAGGAUCGGACGGCAUCCCCGGAAAGCCUGGAAACGACGGAGAAGAUGGACCUCCAGGACCUCCUGGAAUGGAUGGACGACCUGGAGAGCGCGGAAUCUGUCCGAAGUAUUGCGCACUGGACGGUGGUGUCUUCUUCGAGGAUGGAACAAGACGUUAA